GUCAACAUACCUCCCCCCUUGAUCCCGCCUCUGAAGUGGUCACAGUCUAUCAGGUGACGUCUCUGUGUUUCUGCAGGUGCGAAACGAAGUGCUGCAUUUGGUGCAAUCGGAGCUGCAGCAGAGAAAAUAUACAGUGAAAGAUGGCCUCUGCCACAGACGCGCGCUACGGCCAGAAGGAGUCGUCCGACCAGAACUUCGACUACAUGUUCAAGAUCCUGAUCAUCGGCAACAGCAGUGUGGGCAAGACCAGCUUCCUGUUCCGCUACGCCGACGACUCCUUCACCCCGGCCUUCGUCAGCACCGUGGGCAUCGACUUCAAGGUCAAGACCAUCUACAGGAACGACAAGAGGAUCAAGCUGCAGAUCUGGGACACCGCAGGGCAGGAGCGGUACCGGACCAUCACCACGGCCUACUACAGAGGAGCCAUGGGCUUCAUCCUCAUGUAUGACAUCACCAAUGAGGAGUCCUUCAACGCCGUGCAGGACUGGUCCACGCAGAUUAAGACGUACUCCUGGGACAACGCGCAGGUGCUGCUGGUGGGAAAUAAGUGUGACAUGGAGGACGAGCGGGUGGUGGCAGCGGAGAGGGGUCGGCAACUGGCGGAUCACCUGGGCUUCGAGUACUUUGAGGCGAGCGCCAAGGACAACAUCAACGUGAAGCAGACGUUCGAGCGGCUGGUGGACAUCAUCUGCGAGAAGAUGUCGGAGAGCCUGGACGCGGCCGACCCCGCGGUCACGGGGGCCAAACAGGGGCCCCAGCUCACCGAGCAGCCGGCUGCCCCACAGCAGGACUGCGCCUGCUAAAGAUCGCCCCCUCGCCCCCCCCCGCCCCUGCACCCCAACCCCAACCCCAACCCCACGCCCUGCCCCUACCUCAGACUCCCUGCACUGCCCCCCCCACCCCCCCCCGGAGGGGUGUCACACUAAAUCCAGUCCCCAUAAGUAGCCUCCUGCCAUGACCUCCAGCAGUGGCCUUAGAGGGAAACUUCACCGACAAUCCGAAAUUUAAACCCGUGCCUGUGCUGCAGUCAGUAUCAUUGUUGAGAAAAACAGCUUUUUUCAACUAAUAGUCUGGGUUUUUUUUUCUUUUUUACCAGCUUUGUGCUGCCUGGCCCUCCUACAAUUCCCAGAAUUCAUUGUGCCACAUCUGCAAAUUACAUUAAAAACAUUCUUGAUCACUUUAAUACAGAAACACAAACAGUUGUUUAGCCACACUGUAGAUGGUGUCGGAUCUUUGUGCUCUAAUCUAGAUUGUCUGGCUGUGUAAAAUUUUAAUUUGCAUGUAUUGUGGCUGUGUGCUAGCUUGGAGCUGACAGGAAGGAAGUGGCAGCACCAGCUCUAUAGUGCAUUGUGGGUAUUAGAGUGCAAAACUAGAAAAGAACUUUCAAUGGAAGGAAGUUGUAGUUUUUCUGCUGUCAGACAUGGAGGAAUGUUGAAUUUUUGGCAUUUCAGCAGCAUAUUACAGCCUUCAGUGUGUCUGAGGCAUCAUACCUGCCUGCUGAACCUCAAGGUAAGGAACGACAUGCAAAUUUAUCAGCAUUUUCUGCUAAAUUAUUGAAAUUUGGUAUUAAAUAUUCGGUGAAGUUACCCUUUAAAGCUAGAAAUGUUUUUCAGACCCCCACUACCUUAAAAAAAACUGUCCCCCACCCCGUACGCCUUACACCCUACCCCCUUUCACCUCAUGCGUUUCGUACACGCCUGAAGGUACCUUGGUGAGUGGUUAGGGGGGCACUAGUGUAAAGGAUAAUCUGCAAAGUCCCAGGCUGACUUUAGCCAACUGCUGCAGAGUCCCUGUCUGACCGCGUCUGGGCUAUUGGGCCCAGCCUGGACCCAUGGUGAACACCUUUAUUAACUGAAUCACUGGGGAGCCAUAUACCCCCCUCCCCUCUCCCCAAACUCAGUAUUUUAACAUUGCUAAAUUCACUAUGUUACUUUAUUUAGUAUAUUCUAAAGCUCAUAUCCACUGUAAGAAUAAAAGGCCAGUUGGAACAAAAUGAAGGCAAGACAUUGUAGGGAUAAGAACAGGCCAUUCAGCCCAUUUAGACUCACCAGUUACCUGAAGUAUACAGGCCUGUACUUCAGUACUGAAAUUCUGUUGAGAGAAAUUUAAGUUGGGGGGGCGGGGAGGCGGGGAGGGGGGGGGAUCUUGCAACUGUCUUUUGAAAGGUGUAAAUACAUGCGCAGUAUAUUAUAUAUCUAAAGGUAUAUAUUUAAGAAUCCACAUAAGAAAAUGAAAUAUUAGAAAUAUGAAUAGAUGAGUGGUGAAAUUUCAAAAUAUGAACAUAUUACUGUGUAAAUAUUACCGAUAUGUCUCACAGAUUUCUCUCAUUUUGUUGCUUUUUCGUCCCAGAGCUGUCCACACUCUUCCCCCCCCCCCCCCCAAAAAAACACCAAUAUGCUCCUUUUCUGUUUGUGCUCAGUUGGAAAUCCACCAUCAUUGUCCUGUUCUCUUUCACUGUAGAAGUGGAAUGCAAGCGCCAAGUACGAUACAGCGCCCCCGCUUGGUUGGGAGGGCUUUAUUACACAAAACACAAUGUAGCGCACCUGAACUUGGACAAGUACCCAGAAUGCAGUGUUUAACAUGUGGUGUCCUGUCCCCCCCCCCCCCCUCUUAGGGGGGGCUGUGGUGCUCAGCAGAUGCAGUUUCUUUCCUUAUUGUCAUUUUUUUAAACCGAGUUCUGUGAAUGGUUUUAUUUGUGGUCUGUGAUCAGCUGUAACUGUUUUAGAUUGCAGUUUAAACUGGGCACAUGGAACCCCCGCAGUCAUAGACUUUAUUAAGGGGACUGAAUGCCAGUCCAUCAGUCACCCAACACUAAAUGCAGACGUAUAUACUGUAUAUGAGAUCAUUAUUUAUUAGUCUUAUUUAUUUAUUUAUUUUUGUGAUGUAUCACUUUUGACGUCUGCGUCGUGCUCCACGCUAGGUGGGGGGAAAGGGGGUGAGAGUGAUGGCAGCUGUUCAGCUGCGGGAGGUUGUGACAGCUGUCACUCAGGUUGAUGGACCGGGAUCUUGCUGGGAGCGGGUUUUGAAGGUUCCGCUGGGCGUGGGUUCUGCUGGGUCCACUGGGUCCGUGGCUCGGCUCAGCUGAAGGGAGCUGGCGGUCUGUGGGCUGCUGGGAGCCAGAAGGCCCGUCGGGCGGGUGACUGUGAGAUUUCCCCAGAAGGCCCGUCGGGCGGGUGACUGUGAGAUUUCCCCAGAAGGCCCGUCGGGCGGGUGACUGUGAGAUUCCCCCAGAAGGCCCAUCGGGCGGGUGACUGUGAGAUUCCCCCAGAAGGCCCAUCGGGCGGGUGACUGUGAGAUUCCCCCAGAAGGCCCAUCGGGCGGGUGACUGUGAGUUUCGAUCAGUCCAUGCUGCUCUCCGCAGGUUUGGGAAAGGAAUGCCUCAUUCCCGAUCUUUCCGUGACCAAAAACAGUUCCAGGCUAACCAAUGACAUGGACUGUUCACUUCGUCUGGCCACGCCCCUCACCUGUCACCUGUCACAAUGCUAGGACCUCCUCACACACACCUGUACACAUCCACGUAUAUACACGCUCACAUGCACCUGUGCUCUCACACACACACUCACACACACGGGUGUAUACAGGCGUCAAGUACGCACAAAUGCGCAUACACAUAUAUGCACAUACACGCUUGGACACACGCUCGUACACACACAUCUGUAUACACACUAAUGCACGUACACACACAAACACUUAUUCAUACUGAAAUUAUUUCCCACCUCAGAGCAUGAUGAAUUAUGGGAGAGUAGUUAUGAUGUGGAAUAACGGGAUAUAACCGUGAAAGGGAGGGGCCCGUUUCCAUAGUUACCCAUCAUGGGGGGGUGGGGGGGUUCCGUGUGUUGGGCUGUGAUAGUGGAUUUGCUGGAGAAGGAACCCACCUUAGGGUUCCUAGGCAACUGUUGCAGCCUAGGGACUGUUGCCUAGGUACAAUAAUGUUUCCGGAGCUUUAGUCUAGUGGUACAUUUUUGAGAGAGCACUAGUGUUAUAAUUAUGAUUAUUGUGACGUAUUGAAUUCUGUUGUUUUUACACAUGUAGUCGAGUCCUUUCCCUGCUUGACCUUUGCUGUAAGCAUCGCCCUUGACCCCUGACCUCUGACAUUGGUCCAUCUUCUCCUAUCACUCCUUGUUCCUGGUCCAGUAAACUCUAGACACUAUUGGUGGUUCUCCAGUUCUGCCCUCCCAAUAGUCUUCCUUGCUGUAAAUAAACAGAAUUGUACAUAGGUUUUAGUCAUUUGUGUGAAUUGUGCUGAAAUGACUCCAGGUUUGCAAAAAAAGAACAAAAAACAAAAAAACGAACACAAAGCAUCUUUUCUUUUCGUUCUAUUACUGCUUGUGAAUGACUGUACUUAUAAAGCAAUAUUUAAAAAAAUGGAAAAUACAUUUUUACAGCGUGGGAGUUUUUUUUUUGACCGUUUAAAGAUGUAGGGCAAGUGUUCAUCGGCAGGUAUGUGGCAGUGCUUUGUGUUAGAACGGGAGGGUGAGGGGCCUCGUUCUGGGGGACCUGCAGCGUGUGGAGUUUGACUGGUCGGGUCUGUGCAGUCUGCUGUUGAUUGCUGGGUUAAGUCUGGUUUUGAUUAGCUGAGUCUGGGUUCAGUCUGGUGUUGAUUAGCUGAGUCUGGGUUCAGUCUGGUGUUGAUUAGCUGAGUCUGGGUUCAGGCUGGUGUUGAUUAGCUGAGUCUGGGUUCAGUCUGGUGCUGAUUAGCUGAGUCUGGGUUCAGGCUGGUGUUGAUUAGCUGAGUCUGGGUUCAGGCUGGUGUUGAUUAGCUGAGUCUGGGUUCAGUCUGAUGUUGAUUAGCUGAGUCUGGGUUCAGUCUGGUGCUGAUUAGCUGAGUCUGGGUUCAGGCUGGUGUUGAUUAGCUGAGUCUGGGUUCAGUCUGGUGUUGAUUAGCUGAGUCUGGGUUCAGGCUGGUGUUGAUUAGCUGAGUCUGGGUUCAGUCUGGUGCUGAUUAGCUGAGUCUGGGUUCAGUCUGGUGUUGAUUAGCUGAGUCUGGGUUCAGUCUGGUGUUGAUUAGCUGAUCUGGUUCAGUCUGAUGUUGAUUAGCUGAGUCUGGGUUCAGGCUGGUUUUGAUUAGCUGAGUCGGUUCAGUCUGGUGCUGAUUAGCUGAGUCUGGUUCGGGCGGGUGUUGAUUAGCUGAGUCUGGGUUCAGUCUGGUGUUGAUUAGCUGAGUCUGGGUUCAGGCUGGUGUUGAUUAGCUGAGUCUGGGUUCAGUCUGGUGCUGAUUAGCUGAGUCUGGGUUCAGUCUGGUGUUGAUUAGCUGAGUCUGGGUUCAGGCUGGUGUUGACUUUGGAAGUGAGUGGGUGACAUCUGCACCAGCUGAACUAUGUCAAACAACGCAGCACCUGACGGGGAGAUGAGACAGGAAGUUAAAAUCAAUGUUUUGACAGCUUCGCCUCUUUUUUAGGUUUCAAAAAAAAAAAAAAUACAAACCCUAUGAUCUCACACUGAAGGAGCUGUGUCCUGGUAAAUACUGCUUGUAGAACAGGUACUGUGGUAGAUCUGUGGUAAUCUUAGAUGUUACAAACGUGGAAUCGCUGCUGUUCUGCUAUUUUACCUUCCUCGUAGUCCGUUCGGAUCGACUGAAUAUAUUGGUGACGGUAAUUCAGUUCAAUUAAAAAGUACAAACCUGGAAAGAAAUCUCCUGAAAUGUAAUAAAAGCCAGAAGACUGUUACUCUGAAACACGUGGAGAACGCCCCAGGGGUCUCUGCCCAUCGGGACGCCCCAGGGGUCUCUGCCCAUCGGAACGCCCCAGGGGUCUCUGCCCAUCGGGACGCCCCAGGGGUCUCUGCCCAUCGCGCGCGCUGGCGGUGGAAUGGGGCGGUUUCUGGGGCUCGAGGUUCUCCGCUCCAGGAGCGCAGUGCGGUCCUCCGAGAUCCGCGCGGCAGGUCUGGGUUCCGGCUCUCGCGUGUGCGGUCCAGCCAAAAACACAGAGGAAGACGCGUUGGGCAGGACCACAAGGGUCACGCACGAAGUGUGUGCAAAACUGUUCUCAGCGUGUGUGUGUGUGUGCGCGCGUUCUGUGGGGAAUAUGCUCUAGUAGACCAUUCCUGAUGACUUAUGACAACUUUUUUAUUUAUUUUUUCCUUCGAGUGUUGCUCUUUUCAGAAUUUUUUCUUACCUGUUAUAUCAUUUUUAUGUUUUUGCGAUCGUACAUCAUGCAUCAAAUGAAGAAUUGCACAAUACUGCAGAUUUUGACUUGGUUUACAUAGAUUUUUACACUUGUUUUAUGGAAAUAAAAUAUAUUUAAGAAAAGAAAAAACAUUCAUUAUUCAGUUUAGCAGUUACAAUUACAGUGAGAAAAAAAUGAACUGUGUCAAAAUGUUAGAUUGUGAGCAUUUCCUGAGCUGCUGUACAUGUUGUGGAACAAUAAAUAAAGUCAAAAAUAAAAGUUUGUGCUGUCAAUAA